UGCCCACACUUCCUCUCUUGAGUGCUAUAAAGGAAAGUGAGAAACUGAAUUGGCUAGAAGAACACCACGCUUGCUUAUAGAUCAGACCCCACAAGAAGAUGGCUCGGUGCCAACCUUGGAUCUUGUUCCUGUGCCUGCAAACUUGCCUGGUAGCCGCUGGAAGAGACACAGAUCCCCUCAUAGUGAAUGGGACUCUUGGGGAGUCAGCUACUUUCCCCUUAAAUAUCCAAAACUCACAGCAAGUUAAGACCAUUGCUUGGACUUCGGAAUCAUCAGUUGCUUUUAUUACACUAGAAGACUCAGGAAAAACAACCAAAGUUUUUGUGACCCACAAUAAGUAUAAGGGACGAAUAAAAGUCAUAAAUGAGAGCUACAACCUGGUCAUUAGUGACCUGAACAUGAAAGACACAGGAAAAUACAAAGCGGACAUCACCACCACCGACACCAACACCAUUACAAGGAGCUACUACCUUCAUGUCUACCGUCGGCUUGGGAAUCCAAAAAUUACACAGAGUAUAAUGACAUCUGUGAAUGGUACCUGUAAUGUCACACUGAUAUGCUCUGUGGACAAAGACGAAAAGAAUGUAACAUAUAGGUGGAGUUCUGCAACAAAAGAGGGCAAUGUCCUUCAAAUCAUCCAGACCCCUGAGAACGAAGGGCUGAAUUACACAUGUACAGCCCAGAACCCGGUCAGCAACAAUUCCAGCUCUAUCUCUUCCCAGCAACUCUGUGCAGACACUGCAAAGGACUUCAACACUCGCCCCCGUACUGAGCUGGGGAUUGGGCUGCUUGUAACCUGUUUGCUGGUUGUUCUCAUUCUACUUCUAGCAAUAGGAUUCUAUUUCCACAGGAGAAAACUAGAUGUUUCCUCAGAGAACACAGUAUACACACAUGUCAAGGGUUCAAGAGACACCAAGCCUGUAGAAUCCAGGAUCUAUGAUGAAAUCUCCCAUGCCAGGGAGUCUUCCCUCAAGAAAGAGCCAGUACAAACAAUUUAUUCCACAGUGCAGUCCUCCGAUGAGAUUCCUCUUUUUUGCACAUUUGUCUCAAAAAUAAUUAGCCACAGUCUCUACUGAUUGUUAAAUGAAGCUUGAGAAGAAAGGACAAGAAGACAGAGUAUAACAAGUGAUCAAAAGUGUGGGUUUCUUGGUGAUGGGUUGUUAGGCAACAUAGUUCCUAUCUUGUAGGGUUGAUGUGGGGGUUAAAUAAAAUGUUAUUAUAUGCCUGCUCAUGAUAAAGUCUUGGGGAUCCUUUUAUAAAUUCUUCAAGCUUGAACCCUUCAUAAAAUGCUACUCCAACCUUACAAAAAAAGUUUCUUGCAAACAGAAAUACAGCUGAUAAUUAUAUUAAAUCGACUUUACAUAGCACACUUUAAUUCCCAGUCCUGUAGACUCUUAUAUGUUUUGUUAUAUACACUGCCUGUGUCCUCUGUCACACCAAUUACCUGACACUCUACCCAUCCCUCGAAGGGGAGGACAGGAGCUCUGUGUCGAUGCACAUGGAAGGGGAGAACCUUGAGGACAGGGAGCCUGUCACACUUCAUUCUUUUGUUUUGAUUGUUUUUAGUCUGUUUGGUUUGGUUUGGUUUUAUUCUCUUGAAAAGCUUGGCUAGAGAACUCUGCAUCUAGCCAGAGUUGGUUUCAUCGCCUAUAAGGGAUCUGAGUCAUACACAAAAGCAAAGAAAGAAACAUUAUACAUUUUCAGUCCUAGGAUCAUCAGAGUAACAAAGGCAGAAGAAUUUGGGGGAUUUCCCUGCACUGUUUAGUGGUAACUAAUUGACAGUAAAUAGUUGUCAAUUUUAGGAAGUUCCUAUCCCAGUGUAAAGAAUUAUUGUGGCUUUUUAAAACAUUAAAGUGUUGAUUUAUUUUGGUAAAAAAUUAUUAGUAAAAGUCUAAACUAUAAUUUGAGGAACCAAUGUAAUGACUAGGACAUUCUCUGGAGACUCUCAGAUUUUGAUAAUUCAUAGAGAAAUAGCUUAUUCUUGCUGGCUGGCAGAUCCAGUCAGUUCUGAAGAGCCCUAUAAAAAUCUCUGGGUCUGGGCUGGGUCAGCACUGUGUCAUAAAUAUGGCCAUAUCAAUGCAAAUGAGAAAUUGAGAUUUUUUUCUUAUGAGGUCUUAUUGAAGGAAAAAAAAUUAUUUAUAUUAUCUGUCAAGGAAUUUUUAAAUACAUAUAAAUCUCCAACCUUUCAUUUAUAACCAACAUUUCCAAUUGUUUAUGAGUCACCUCUUCAUGAAUAUCAGAAGUAACCAACAUUUCCAAUUGUUUAUGAAUCAUCUCUUGAUGAAUAUCAGAAGUUACCUCAAAUUCAAGGAGGCAGAAAUGAAACUCAUGAAUCUGACCCUGACCUCUCCGACUUCUUUUCCUUCUCUUUUCCCUAUGUUCAUUAGUGAGUGUCGUAAACCAUAAUUACUAAAUUUAUUGAGUGCAUACUAUGUACCAUUCUCUGUGCUGUUUUGCAUAUACUAACUCAUUUAAAAUAAAAUAAAAUGAAUAAAACUCA